AUGGCUCUUGCGUCCGAUGAGCAGCGAGAUGGCGAUUUUCAAAGAGCCGAUGAGCCCCCUAGCGAUGACCGACUUCUUGUAAAGUGGCUCGAAGGACAAUCUGAAUCAUCACAAACGGCAUGUGCAGAGAGGAAAGUGCAAGAGCUCUUGGAAAAUGCUUCCCAACCUCGACAUGCUUCUGGAAAUGCCUGCAUUAAACUCUGCUACUUCAUUGAGCAAUGCAGAGGUUCGUCGUGCUCGCCGAUCAGAGACGUUGUUUUUUCAAAGUCGAUUGCUCUGCGAUUAUUUUAUUUUUACAUUGAGUGGAGUGAGAAAAACCAGAAUCGUUCGAUGCGGCAAGUCUUAGAGCUGUUGUCAUCGUUGAUCGCUCGCAAUCCCAACAGUGAAGUAUCAGGUGCCAUUAAGUCGUCAAUACUGCUUAAAACUCUCUCUGUCAUCACUCAUGAUUCCAUUCAGCCUGCCGUGAAGCCUUCAUUCAAGGUAUUGGAGUGCUUCCUCGGAAAGACCUCAAUUUCUCCAAAUGAGAUUUGUGUUGGCUGGAAUGCGUACACAGCACAGAAGCAGAAAGAUGGUUUCCGCAGCACGAAGGUCAUGACCGCAACCGCAUGGGACAGCUUGGUAUCAUCAGUCUUUUAUUGGCUUGGCCCAGCGGAUGUUUCUCCCGCUGCUGGGAAGUUUUUAGUCACACUUUUCAAAACACUAAGAGGAGAGCCAGGUCAAGGCACCCCAGAAAAUCAUAGCAGUCUUUGGCAAAGGUGGAUUCGCGAGGGAAUCGCCAAAAAUCCAGAUUCUCUAGAAAAUGUCAAAAAUUACCUUUUCACACCGCUCUUCAAACUCGAUAGGGCUGGUUCUCUGGCUUUUUUGCAAGAUCUCAAUCAGCAAAGCUCAGUAUCCAUGAUGGGUAGCCAAGAUAUCGAUGCUCAUGCGAUGCUUCAACUAGCUGCAAUGGACGCUGGGAAGAAAUCGGGCUUGAUCGAAGAACCAAGCAAUAUCACGUUCUCACAGAAAAAGUCUAAAUCGAAGAAUGGAGAGACAAUUUUAUUAGAUGAGCAGGCAAUCGGAGCGUUGCUGGCGAACCCAUCUGACACUGUUCGGUCACUCGCUCUCUCCGUACUCAUCACAUCAUUCUCUUCAACUCGUCCAUUCAGUCCUAGCGUACUUGAAAUGUUGAAGUCUCAUAUUGGCUUCUUUCAUUCAGAUACCGAUGCAAAAUUUCGGAACGAAGUUGUUAGUAACACUAAACAUUUAAUUGAAAGGCUAAGAGGCACUACCGCCCUACUUGUUAGAGAACUUGAACAAGUGUCAUUCAAAAUUGCCCAAUCCAGUGGAAGCAACACCACAGGCGAGGCCGAUGACCAAAAGCUGCACGACAGCAUCGAGUCUUUUGUGGCAAAACAUCAGCAAUUUAUUGAGUGGUAUGCUGAUUUUCUGUUGAGUGAACUGGUUCCAACCGCUUCAUAUCAGCGGCAUAUAACAGCUUUAAGGGCUCUUCAAUUGCUUCUUACUUCUAAGCUCCAGGGUGAGGCUGCCUGGCGCACGGCGGCCCCAGUGCCAGCAAAUUCGACUGUGUGGCCCUUUGAAAUGGAGUUCUUCAAUUCCCGCUCGAUAAGGUUGCUGCUAGAUCUGCUAAUGGACCCUUUCGACGACGUCCGAACACUUGCGAUGGAUAUUCUGACACUUUGCCCUCCAAAUAAAUUCUCAACAGAAUCGUAUCUGAGUCUGAACGCAAACGAGAAUGAACGGCAGAAUAUCCGAGAAGACCGAGAUAAUACAACGGGAAAUUGUAGUAAAGCAAUGGGCGAGCAUUCUUUGGCUAACUUGGUGGACCAAGAAUCACUUGACUUGCUUACUGACUUUAUCACUAAAGCUAAUUUAGCAUCGAUGAAUUCUGGACGCGCCGACUAUGCUGAUGGGGUAGCGAGAGCUUUCAAAUUACUACACAAUUUUCAGUCUUCGCUAGCAAAUGGCAUGGCCAUGAUAGACAGGCUGGUGAAAGACUUGGAACGUAAAGUAGAGAUAGCAGAGCAAGACUUGGCUAAAGCUGUUUUGGAUGCCCCUGUCCACGGAAACUUUGCUGCGCUUAGUUAUAUUUGUGAAUAUAUCACUUCAUCGCUAGACCCGACUGCGGAGGACCAAUUGGUCUACUGGACUAAGUGGAGCAAUCUUCAACAACGUAUGGUCUUGCUGGCGUCUCGAAUCUGGGCUGCUGUUCAAGAGGUGUUAUGCAACGACUCACCAGAAGGUCAUCUUCCCCAGGAACUUGAUGAAAUGGAUGCUGUUGAUACGAAAAACAUAUUGAGCUAUAGUUUUCGAGCUGUUCAUGAAUCUAGUAACUUGAUGCGCAUCCUUGCCGAAAGUCACAGGCAGAUCUGGAUACCCGGAUUCUCAGCACAUGUUACAAGCACAUUUACUCAGAUUGGAAAUCUGUCAUUUACCCAAUUAUCUACGUUGAGACAUAGAGGAGCAUUCUCUACGGUCGCUCUGACUUUUUCUCGUUGUUGUCAGCUCACUCAGAACUCCCGACUAAAGGCACUUUUCUUAGAUUCGCCUGACACUGACAAGUCUUCUGCUGCUACGUCUGUGUCAGAUUUGCUGCAACAAUGGUGGGAAGGUGCUCUCAAAUGUAUAGCAACACAAGCUUCGACAACAAGGAGAUCUGCUGGAAUACCAGUUUUGGUGACUGGUAUUAUGUCGGCGAUGUCUCAAACUCCAUCCAUAGACAACAUGAUCCCUACCUUAAUCAGUCGAGCGAGAGUUCCAGUAAGCUCAGAAACAAAUAGCACUUCAAACUUGCGAGAACUCCCUCAAGUUCAUGCCUUGAAUAGUAUAAGACAAGCAUUUAAAACAUCGAGUGUCCGAAAUCAGCUGGAUUCAAGUGUUAACAGUUGUCUUGAGCUGGCUGCAGAUUGUUUUGGAUCAGAUGUCUGGCCAAUAAAGAACUGUGGUUUGCUUCUUUUCCAGACCCUGACGGACUUCUUACUGGGAACAGAAACCAAAGAGGAAAUCGAAUCUGGGUGGGGUGGUCAAGGUACCAAGGUUGCUUUUGAUAGAUAUCCUAAAGUGUGGUCUGUGUUAACGUCGCUACUCGAAAGCUCAAGCACAACCGACGAAGAAUCUGCAACACUUGCUUCGACAGUCGAAAGAACGAUACCCGUCUUAGAUAUUCUACGACGUGCCGGGUCACCGGAGAAGGAUUUACCAUUCGUGUAUGAGAACGUUUUGCGGCAUUUGGACAGCAAAUCCUGGCACGUUCGGGAGCUGGCUGCAAGAACUCUGUGUGCCCUUUCACCCUCAUACCGAUGGAAGGAUGUGAUAGCGGAGCUGAAAGAACGGACUGGAGAAUCAGCAAAUCGUUCACAUGGAACAUGGCUGGUAAUCGGUCAUAUUAUUGCUCGUCAAAUAGGCUUUCACCAAUCAGACAGUGAUUCUCUCGACGACUUGUGGGACAUAUUUCAGGAGUACUUUUCUAUCGACAUCUCAGUACACGACUCACUGCAGGUAACAGCUGCAUAUUUAGAGGCUGGGAAUAUAAUUAUGCGAGUUGUGUUGUCAAACACAGGGUUUACGGUUUCAGAACCAGAGGAAGUUUAUGGAUCGGCAAAGAAGGUCAACAAUUCAAAUGAAGAGCAACUCAGUACUGCUAAGCUGUUAGAUACCUUUACAGCUGAGCAAUGUACAAAAGCGCUGUCAGCUGUGAAAUCAUGGCCAUCAACAAACGAUUUAUCUUUCCAAGCUCUUGUUCGUCGGACAAUCUAUCUCUCAGCCGUCAAUCACCGCCUCGAAGACCUGGCCGAUGUACUUCUGUAUGCUGUGUCGAAGAGCUCUAGUGCAGCAUUGGUCGCAAUUGAGACGAUGCAGAAUAUUUUUGGGACACAACAGCGAAAGGAUGAUCGUUUGUUCUUGUUCUAUCUCUAUUCAGAAGUCGUGAAUUCAUCUACCUCUCCGAGUGUGCGAGCGAUAGCCUUGAAUCAUCUGACUGGGCUGCUUGACUUAUUCACGGGUGGCGAAUUAGGCGCUUUGGGAGAAAAUAUUCUUGAGCUUAGCCAAGGUUCUCACUGGGUUCUUAAGUCGCCUGAGUUAUCGAUAGCAUGGGUCAAGUUUUCUGGCUCUCAGGCCUAUGUCGUGUCGUUACAAGCUUGUGGUUCAGAUGAAGAUCUUCGGAAAUGGGGGCUAGCUAUUGUGGAUUGCUUGACGGACGAAAAGUCAUACGAAAUGAGAGAAGCUGCCACAUCAGCUCUAAUGUCAUUUUACAGUCGACCUAGGUCCAUCGCACUUCAUGGCCAUGAUUGCCUGCUUCCGUCACUAUUUGCCUUGUAUAAUGCCCUCAAUGAUGACGAAGAGGAGAUCCGCAUGCUAGCCGCGUCAGUCGUUGCAGCCAUAACCGAGAAAGCCCUAGUUCCUCCAGCAGCAGCUGAUGAGCUUGUAAAUUGGUUGACAGCUCAUUUCAAUGAUUCAAAUCUCUUCGGUCGUAUUGUGGCCAACCGAAUUAUAGGCAGCGCCAAUUUGGGUCUUGGAGACGAAUCGAACACUUCGUCUGUUGAAGUACGCGCUCAGAUAGAAAAGAGUUUCGCGCAGGACACUGAACUCUUUGCAGUUGAAUCGCAAAAUUUGUGGAUUGAUCACCACGGCGAAACCCUCAGAUGGGCUCAAGUUCUCGGGAAACUACGGAUCGACGUGCUUAAGCAAAGGAAUAGCUCGCUCAAGAAAAUUGUCUCUUACGCAGUCAAAGGAUUAGAGACACUCAACACAACUCUGAAAACGCGGCAUGACGGCGCUUUUGGAUGGUCGAGCAAACCAGAAGCCUUUACGUCGUGCACUCGUGUUAUAUGCUGUGUCAAUAUCACAUUAACACAUCUCAACUCCCUAGGACCAUCGUUGGACGAAGCAAUCGCAGCACAUGUCUUACGCUCCGAUCUUGAAGAAAUGAAGAUUCUGCUAGACACAUUCUUAUACGAAGCACAUCGAAAUUCUUUCAAUGAUCAACUCCUCAUGCUCUUGGUUAGAAACGACACACUAGAAAAAAAACAGCUACAAGAGUUGUUGCCAGAGAGGGUAUCGCUUAUCGUUAACGCGUCGCCGUACCUUGGUGGGCAACGAGUGAGGAGGAAAUGA